UGUUUGGCCAGAUGACCACGCCUCAUCGUACGAGGACGCCAGAGCUCAUCCAACGUGCGCAAGAGACCAUCGACUCCGACAAUUGCUCCUACUUUCGUAUCCAACCAGGAGUCACGGAAAAAAAGCUGUCAUCACCAUGGCCGAAAGUGGGGCGAUGGUUCCCGCCGGGGAUUUCAAAAAUUCGAGGCCGGGUGGAGGUCAGGACUACAAGGAGGUCGCGAGCGGCGAGAUAGAAAAGGGCCAAUACGUCCAGAACAUGCUUAGUGUCUACACCACAUCCCACUACCUCGCCGUCGACAUUGAGAAGGAGAUACCACUCUUCAUCGACAAGGCCCGGGUGAGGAUCAGGAGCCUCAUCGAAAUCAUCGCCAAGUUGAAGAAGGAACUCUACGACACCAAGGUGGAAGUGAUCAAAGUCAACCAGCGCCUCCACACGUUCCUGAGGCUGCCAGAAUUCCAAGAGAACUUUGAAGGAUGGGACGAGGGUCUUGAGGAGAAGCUUAUGGCGGCAGAGACACCGGAUGAUAUCGCCAAAGUAAUGGAAGGUUAGUCGCCAGGGAGUGACUAGUUCUUUUUGGUCGGAGGAGCAUUGGCGGCGGUUACCACAUUCUCAAUUCGGUUUCCUCAUGGACGUGAAUUUGUUUGUUUGGAUUGAUCAUUCGAAUAUUUUAACCACUCCUGUACAUCUGGCCCUUAAAAAAAGCUUUAUUGAGUGCUUUACACACUGCCGAUACGUCACCAUGUCACAAAGGAGGCUGUCACCAAG